AUGCCCAUCUGCAUCGAAUGCUCAUACCCGGUCUCGCACCUGUACAGCGCCUACAGUCGUGCCGAUGACCGCUCCCAAGGCAAAGGCGUUCGACUGACACAGUGUCCGCGCUGCCAGCGUUUCGCCGACAAAUAUGUCGAGUACGACUUUGUCGUGAUCUUUAUCGACCUCGUGCUUAUCAAGCCGCAGGUAUACCGACAUCUCCUGUUCAAUCGGCUUGGGCGCGAUGAUAAUCGGUUUGAUCGAUCAAUCGUUCGCCUCGGGAUCCUGCUCCUCCUCUUCGACGUCUACCUAACCUGGGCGCGUCUCGAGAAAGACCCCUCCCUUGCAACGACAUUUAUCGCGCGCGCCCCAAUCGUCGUCCAAUACCUCUUCUUCCUAACCCUCAACGCCGCCGCAACACUCGCGCACCAUCUCACAGUCCGCCUCCUAGCAUCAAUGCUCGUCCCACAAUCCCACCGCUACGGCGCACCAGAAACAUCCACCAACCAACCCGCAACAACAGCCACCACUGGCGAUACAACCCCUUUCCCCUCCGGCCCUCCAACACCAACAAUCCGACCCUCACCACCCUCACAAGCAAACCACGCCGCACAGCAAUUAUUCUCCCUCGGUCUCCCAGCUGCAAAACUCACGCCAAAUCCCCUCUUCCCCAACGACACAACCUCCCCACCAGACCCCUCGAUGACCACACAAUCCCAACAAGCACUCCCACCACAAGGACCCCCUCCCCCCCUCCCGCCGCACAUCCACAGCCCCAAUCCAAAACAUCCAACCCCUCCCCCCACCAACAGCCGCAAGUCCAACAGCAAUCAGCACCGCCCUGCUAGUAAGCAGCUGCGCAAAGCUCUUCCCCAUUCUCCUCGUAAUCUGGGGCGCCGACGGCAGCGGCAGCGGGAGCGGAAUCACCAGCAUAACCGCAUCAGAGAGUACAUUCCGCAAAGACAUCGGCGCCUCGAAAGCCGCACUAUCCUCAUCCGCUCGAGACGCCGCGUCCUCGCCGGCGCUGUUAGAGUCAUAUCUCGCUGCGGCGGAGGUCUCAUUGCGGCCGUAUUUGCCGACGCAGUAUGUGUCGGGGUUAUUUGA